AGGCUCUGACCUCAGACAGCUCCCAGAAGCAACAGCAGCUCCCAGGCGGCCCUGCAGCUCUGUGCCUGUAAGCACUGCCCCCGCAGCUCCCAUUGGCUGCGGUUCCCCAUUCGCAGCCAAUGGGAGCAGCAGAGUUGGCGCUUGGGGCAGCGGGCAGAGUCCCCCUGGCCGCACCUCCUGCUAGGAGCUGCUGGACAUGCCGGCCGCUUCCAGGAGCGGCACAGAACCAGGGCAGAAAAGCAAAGAAGUCAUACGCAAUCUGAAAAGAUGAAAAAGACUGAGCUGCUUUCAAGUAAUAAUCAAGUGAGCCCUGAAGACUAAUGCAGAGAAUUAAUAAGAACGUGGUUUUGGCUCUUCUUACUUUGACAAGUUCAGUGUUUCUCCUGUUCCAGUUGUACUAUUAUAAGUACUACUUAUCUCCAAAGAAUGGAGCUGUUUUUUCAAAAGUUAAAGGAAGCCAGUCAGGACAAGAUGGCAUACAAUGGCACGUGAUUAAGAAAUUCCUUGGUUUAGUGUCCAGUCACAAUGUACCAGUGUAUCUCAUUGAUCCUUUGGUUCUGAGAUUAAUUCAGAAAGACUUUGAACAGCUCAGCAGCUCUUCUGAUGGCAUGAGCCCAGAAUGCAAGUAUUUGUGUGCUCCACGGGACUUCACCACAUUUGCAUUACUGGACAAAACAUGGAAACAUGAAGUGAGUUUGAUUAGAGCUGCUGAAAAAAUGGGGUUCCGGUGGCUAAAGAUACAGAACAAAGACCCCCGUUUGGAAGGGAUGGAUGACCUCUCUGGGAUUGAAAUUCCCCUCCACUAUAUCUUCAAACUGGCUGCUCAUGCCAUCCACCUGGUGGUCUUUUAUGAGAGGAGUGGUAACUAUGUCUGGCAUGGCCCAUUGCGGCUGAAACAAAACAUAGACAGAAAGUUUGUGCCUUUCCGAAAGCUACACUUUGGUCGCUACCCUGGAGCUUACAACAAGCCAGAAGUACUACAACUUUCCAUUGAUGACUUAAAAGUUCAGAUUCCAAAAAAUCUGUCCCAAUUUCUAGAGGAGAUGUCACACUCUAGGUUUCUUGAAUGUAGGUACAGAGAAGCUCGGGCAUUCUUUCAGCUGUAUCCUGAUGAUGCCUCUCUUGAUGCAGUGGAGUUUAGGAAAAAGGCAAAAGCAUUGCUUCAUCUGGCUGCCCUGACAUUAAAUAACUUAGGAGUGAGGUUCUGGCUGAGCAGUGGAACAUGCCUUGGCUGGUAUAGACAGUGUAAUAUUAUUCCCUAUAGCAAAGACGUGGAUUUGGGGGUCUUCAUACAAGACUAUAAAUCUGAUAUUAUUCCAGCAUUUCAGAAAGCAGGACUACCACUGAAGCACAAGUUUGGCAAGGUAGAAGACAGCUUGGAACUCUCCUUUCAGGGAGAAGAUGAUGUGAAACUUGAUAUUUUUUUCUUCUAUGAAGAUGACGACCACAUAUGGAAUGGAGGAACUCAAGCCAAAUCGGGCAAGAAAUUUAAGUACCUGUUUCCUAAGUUUACACUGUGUUGGACUGAGUUUGUAGAACUCAAGGUACAUGUGCCUUGUGAAACCCUCCGAUAUGUCGAAGCCAACUACGGCAAGGACUGGAAGGUACCUGUGAAGGUGUGGGACUGGAAAAGCUCUCCAUCCAAUGUGCAGUACAAUGGGAUGUGGCCUGUUGAUGAAUGGGAUGAUGUCAUUCAAGUCUACUGAUCACAUGGAUGUAACCAGGAUUUGUUUGGUACCAUCGGACCUAUCCAUGCUUAAAUUCCCUCACCCCAAGAUGUCGAGAUCAGUUUUCUGAUCAGUUUUCAUACAUUUCCUAAGGAGAGCUUGAAUCUUUAUUGGUAUAAUAGGUGGUGUGUGUACUUCUCAUGGCACUUGUAUCUGACAUGCUCUGUGACAGCUAAAGGAAGAGAAUGAAGGUAACAUGUGUGAACUCAGAAGACUAGCUGAGAGGAAAGAGGUACAAAAGGAAUGUAA